AUGCAAGGAUUCUAUGAAAAGAUGAAGGAAGUAUGGAGAAGCAUUAAGACGACAUUGAAGAUUGCAGACACGAGUGAGAAGGAUGCAUAUGAAGACCUGUGUGAUAGACUGAGAAGUGACAGACCUAUUGAGAUGAGUGAACUUGCAUGGAUUGAGGAACUGUGCAAGAAGAUAGCAGAACCAGGAUGUGAGCAGAGGAUAGGAGAAGGGUUUGAAAAGCUGAAGAGGGGAAUUGAAUGGAAGAUUGCAAAGGAAGUAGGAGUAACCAGGAAACGAGGAUUAGAAGAAGUAAGAUCUGAGCAUGUAGGAGUGGAUGAAGAGAAGGCUAAGAAGCACAGGAGGAGUGGGUAUCAGAAGAAAGGGCAGCUUAGGAAAGAGAAUGACGUGAGCUGGGGAGUGCUGCCAAAGAAGUACAGGAAGGAAGGAAUGACGCCUGCAGAAACGAUUGAAAGAGCGAUAUCGUAUGAUGCGGAGGAGAAUCUGUUUCUGUGUUUGGGAGAAGUAUCUACAAGUGAGGAAGAAAUGUACUUUGGGGAAGAGAAUGUUAAGAAGUUGUGUCAGUCUGAUAUGCAUAGCAAGAGGAUUGGAUGUAAUUUUGGAGGAGAAUACAAUUGCAAGAGCUGUGUGGAGUAUGAGAUAAGGAAGGAAUAUGAAGCGAAAGAGAAUGAAAGAAAGGAACAUGAAGAAGAGGAGAGCAGGAUGCGGAGAAGAGCAGCAAAGGAGAAAUGGGAGGCUAAGAUUCCAAGGCGUUGUUUCUACUUUGAGAAGGAGUUUGGGAUUGAUAGGGGAGUUAUGAGAUAUGCUACGGAUGAUAAGUUUGAUAUUGAGGAUCUUGAAUCUGAAGAUCGUGAUAAGCUUGAAAGGAUUUUGAAUCAGGCAAAGCGAGGGAAGUUAUUUGAUGUGAGUGAUGGGGCAAGUCAUGCAAUGGAUAUGAAUGGAGUAGAUGAUGCGAUAAGCGGAUAUGAAGGAUUUGCAGAUGAUAGAAAAAUGGUUGAUAAUGAAUCUAGAGUAGUUAAAGAUAUGAAAAGCAAGAGUUGGAUUGAUAAUGGCUCUGGGGUAGUUAAUAAAGUGACUGAAAAAGAAUUGGAUUCAGUGAAUGGCAUGAAACAAGUAGUGAAUGAUGGAAACCAAGUUAAUAAGGUUGGAUCUGAUAUGAAAACAGCUAUGGAAGAAGCAGAUGUUGAGGAACCAAAACAGUUUGGGUUUUGGAAUGCAAUGAAUAGUGAUAUUGGGAAUGCAACACGAUCUUCCAUAUUUGGCAGUGAACCUGCAUUGAAGAAGAACGGAGUGGAUGAUGUAAAUGAUGAAGGACAUAAAGAAAUAGAUAUUAGUGAGAGAAGUAGGUUGAAUGAUGGAAUGGGACAGAUGCCGUUAUUGAUGAAUAGAAAUGUUUUUGAUAAUCCUUUUGCUGGAGAAACGAAGAUGUAUAGUCAAAAGGUGUUUGAAGCAGAAGGUAAUUUGAAAGGAAAUGGAGAAAUGGUUCAGGGAUCGAUAGAAGGAUUUAAUGUAACUGAUAUUAACUCUGGACAGAUAUCUUUGAAGAGGAAGCUUGGAGAUACUGAGAAAAGUCAGGAUCUGAAUAGAUUGAAACAGGAGGCACCACCGUUUGUGUUUGGAGGAAUGAUGACUGAUAGACAGAUACCGAUGUUUGGAUUUAAUAAUAACGAUAAAGAGAAAGCUGAAGUGCCUGUGACUUUUUCAGUGAAUGGAUUUGGAGGUCAUGCAGCACCUGAAUAUAUGGGAUUUGGAGGGCAAGCAGUGUUUGGAACUGGAAAGAGUCUGUUUGGAGGAUUAUUUUCGAAUGGAGAUGCAGAACAACAGCCAGCAAAGCCAAGUAUAGGAUACGCAGAUACACAAUCGACUGGAGAGGAACAUCCAACAAAGAAUAUGUUUGGAGUAGGUAUUUUGAAUGCUAUGGAAGAAGAUCCAUUUGAAAGGAACAUAUGGAAUAAAUGA